AUGAUUUCUUCUGAGAAAGAUUCUAAUAGUAAUGUCAAAGUUUCUCAGGUUUUGGCAGAUUCUCAUGAGAAUUUACUAUCACAGAAGAAAUUACUAGUAGUCUUGUCAAGCAUGGCAGUGGCGUUGCUUCUAUCAUUCGUUGAUCAGACAGGAAUUACGGUAGCUCUUCCUUAUAUGUCCGAUGAUCUUAAAGCAUCAGAUACAAUAACGUGGGCAGGUACUUCUUCCUUAAUUAGUACUACUGUGUUUAUGGUAUUUUUUGGAAGAAUGAGCGAUAUCUUUUCACGUAAAUAUGUUCUAAUCGCUGCCAUGUGGAUAUUGUCGAUUUUUGAUUUAGCUUGCGGUUUGGCUCAGACACCGUACCAAUUGUACGUUUUUCGAGGAUUCUGUGGAAUUGGUAAUGGGGGAAUUACUUCAUUGACGAUGGUUAUAGUUUCUGAUAUCGUUACUCUCAAGGAAAGAGGAAAAUAUCAAGGAAUCUUGGGAGCUUGUGUGGGGCUAGGAAAUGCUCUAGGGCCAUUCUUGGCCUCAGCUUUCAUAUCGCAUACUUCAUGGAGAUAUUUUUAUUACAUGCUAUGCCCCUUGAUAUUUUGUGCCAGUGGAAUAGUCUUAUGGUUGGUGCCAUAUACCAAUCCAGGAUUCUCCAAGAAAGAAAAGUUGAAAAAAAUAGAUUAUCCAGGGUUCUUAUGUAGUUCAAUUGGCAUAAUUUUUAUACUUAUACCAAUUAGCGGAGAAGGCUCGUCUUAUGAAUGGAAUAGUCCCAUUGUAAUAGCAAUGCUACUGAUAGGCUGCGUCUCAUUAAUUUUAUUUUUUUACGUCGAGCUAAAGGUAUCUUCAUUACCCAUGAUUCCACCUCUCCUUUUUGCGAUAUCACCGUCUUUAACAAUGCUAUUAUCACAAAACUUUUUCUUUGGCAUGAUAUACUACUCAUCUAUAUAUUAUUAUCCCUACUAUUUUGAGGUCGUCAGAGGGGAUUCUGUUAUUCAGACUUCUUUAUAUUUAUUGUGUCUAGUGGUUCCUCAAUCACUCACAUCUGUGAUAGGAGGCAGGCUCAUAUCAAGGACUGGAAAGUAUAUUUAUGUAAUUUGGUUUGGGUAUAUCAUGUGGAAUUUGGCGGUUUGUUUAACUCUAUUGUGGAAAACGAAUUCCAAUCCUGGGGUUAAUGUUGUAGUAUUGCUUUUGAAUGGAAUGGGUGUUGGGGCAACAUUUCAACCAACGUUAGUGGCAGCUCAGGCACAAUCUUAUAAAAAGGAUAGAGCAACAGUGAUAUCAACGAGAAAUGUUUUGCGAUCUUUCGGUGGAGCAAUAGGUUUAGCAAUUUGCUCCACAAUUAUGUCAAACACUUAUACAAAGCUGUUGAAAAAUGAAGGGAUGCAGUACUUUUCACAGGAACAGAUAGGCGUAUUAGGAAAACAGAUAUACGCUAGAAUUGAGUUGACUAAUUAUUCUGAAUCUCAAAUAGCAUUCUUGAGAGCCAUCUAUAUGAGAUCAAUGAAAUAUUUAUUUUACUUUUGGAUUGCAUCAAUGGGAAUUUGCUUAAUUUCUAUGAUUUUCGUUCGUGAUAAUGGAUUACAACCUUUGGAUCACAGUGAAUCAAAAUAA